AUGUCUCCCCCUCAAACAGACUACUAUCAAAUCCUCAGUCUACCCUACACAUCCUCAUCCGCCGAUCUCUCCAAGCAAGAAAUCAAAAUCGCCUACCACAAGGCCCUCCUCAAGAACCACCCGGAUAAAGCCCGCGCCGUCGCACGCGAUACCGACCUCGAUGGGUCUAUCUCUGGCAUGACCAUCUCUUCCACCAGACCCGUCAACAAGGCCUCCGGUCACCGGAUCUACACCAUUGACGAAAUCACCACCGCAUACAAGACCCUCUCCGACUCCACGCUCCGCGCUGAAUAUGAUCGUGCCCUACGACUGGAUCGAUUGAAAGCUGCAGAGCGGGAGAAAACAGGGGAUGUCUUUCACACGGGACUUGAGAUUGUUGAUUUGGAGGAUCUGGAACUAGAGAAGGAGGCGGAUCAUGGUGAAAUUGUUGUGGGCUGUCGUGGAUGCAGUCUAUGGUUGAAAGUGCUGUUUGCGGUUGAGGAUGAUGGAUGA